AUGUGGACACAGAGAAAGAAGAAAGAAGUUAUAGGCAUACUUGUGACAGUAAAUCCAACUGAAGGAGAGCGUUACUAUUUACGGCUAUUAUUAAUGAAUGUUAGGACACCCAAAUCAUUUGAGCAUUUAAAAAAUGUCAAUGGCCAUCAAUCAAUAACAUUUCGUGAGGCAGCUGAAAAAUUGGGUCUGUUAUCUGGGGAUCAUAUUGUCGAAAAGUGUCUAGAUGAAGCAGUAUUAUAUCAGAUGCCAUCAAGUUUUAGGAGACUAUUUGCAACCCUUCUAAUUUUUUGUGACAUCACGAAUCCUCGCAACUUGUGGAAUAAAUUUAAGACAUACAUGUGUGAAGAUCUACUCAGAACAAAAAUACAUACUGAGGAGGAAGUCCAACUGAUAGUCCUUCAAUUAAUUGCAAAUGCCGUAGAAAAAAUGGGGAAGAAGAUUGAUGACUUUAACUUGGUCGAUAACAUGUUAUCUCUAUCAACCCAAGAAAAGGAGGAUAGAGAAAUAGCAGCUGAAUAUAACAUACAAGUAAGUGAAUAUGACUUGCUUUGUGUGGAAAAAUUGAAUGUUGAGCAACGCAAAGCAUUUGAUACUAUUAUGGCAAGUAUCAUUUCAAACUCAGGUGGAGUUUAUUUUAUAGACGGCCCGAGUGGUACUGGUAAGACCUUUCUAUAUAAAUGCUUAUUAGCUACUGUGAGGUCUAAAAAAUGGAUAGCACUUGCAACUGCAAGUUCAGGAAUUGCAGCAUCUAUUUUGCCUAGUGGUCGUACUGCUCAUUCUACAUUCAAAAUACCAAUUGAUGGAGAUGAUAAGUAUGUCUGCAAUAUUGGAAAACGAACUGCAGAAGCUACUUUAUUAAAAAAAUAUAGAUUGAUUCUUUGGGAUGAAGCCUCUAUGGCUAACCGCCGGAUCAAAUUUUUUGGAGGAAAAGUGGUUGUUUUUGGAGGUGAUUUUCGACAGACAUUACCAGUUAUUAGAUAUGGGAAGAAAGAAGAUUUCAUUGAAGCAAGUUUGGUUAAAUCACCAUCAAUCUGGCCAAACAUCCAACGAUUAAAAUUGGUCCAAAAUGUUCGUGCAAAUGAGGAUCCAGCAUUUUGUGAGUACUUGAUGAAAAUUGGCAAUGGAACUGAACUGUUUAUUGGUCGAGACAAGAUUAAGAUUCCAUCCUCAUUCAUUAUUCCAUGUCCGGAUGAAGAUAUUUCUCUUGAUGCUUUAUUUCAAUCCGUAUAUCCUGACUUAACGUGUUUCUGGAAUGAUCCUUAUUCAUUAAUGAGCAGAGCCAUCUUAACAACUAAGAAUGAGAUUGCAGAUGAAAUUAAUUCUAUCUUAAUAGAUAGAUUCCCGGGUGAAAGUAAGUGCUAUGUUAGUUUUGAUGAACCACUUAAUUCGAACCAGUUGCAUUGUAAAGAUUAUUUACACACUUUAUCCCCAGCUGGCCUACCUCCUCACAAGUUACUUCUGAAGAAAAAUUGUCCUAUAAUUUUAUUGAGAAAUCUGAACCCAGCUGAAGGAUUAUGCAACGGGACGAGAUUAGUUUGUGAUUCAUUUGAAGAUCAUCUCAUCAGUUGUUUCAUUGCAGUUGGGGAAUACAAAGGAAAACAUGUCUUCAUUCCAAGAAUUCCUCUUGAGCCAUCAAAGGAUGAAAAUUGUCUGAUACCCUUUAAAAGAACCCAAUUCCCUACUAAAGUGAGUUUUGCCAUGACAAUUAACAAAGCUCAAGGGCAAACAUUAGAUUUUGUUGGAAUCUACUUGAAAGAGCCAGUUUUUAGUCACAGACAAUUGUAUGUUCCUAUGUCUCAGGCAAAAAAAGCAGAUUCGGUCAAGAUGAUUAUAUUCAGUGAUGAUGGUCACAACAAACUGACCAAUAUUACAAAUAAUAUUGUUUAUCAAGAAAUCUUGGAUUACAUAUCUCAAACAACUGUUGCACCAGACAAAAACUAA